AUGCGGUACGAAAUCAGGAUGAACAAAGGCGGUUUGUGGUUCUACUGGAGAGGACCUCAACGAGCAUGCUAUGCCACAGCAGAGAAGUCCCCCGGAGCCUACUUCCUUCCUGAGUUUGCACUCUCCCCCCAGGGAAGUUUUCUUGAAGACACAACGGGGGAGCAGUUCCUCACGUACCGCUACGACGACCAGACCUCAAGAAACACUCGUUCAGAUGAAGACAAAGACAGCAACUGGGAUGCUUGGGGCAGCUGGAGUGACUGCUCGAGGACUUGUGGGGGAGGGGCAUCAUACUCUCUGCGGAGGUGCUUGACUGGGAGGAAUUGUGAAGGGCAGAAUAUUCGAUACAAGACAUGCAGCAAUCAUGACUGCCCUCCGGACGCGGAGGACUUCAGAGCCCAGCAGUGCUCUGCCUACAAUGACGUCCAGUAUCAGGGGCGUUAUUAUGAAUGGCUUCCCCGGUAUAAUGAUCCUGCGGCCCCCUGUGCGCUCAAGUGUCAUGCACGGGGACAGAACCUGGUAGUGGAGUUGGCACCCAAGGUCCUGGAUGGAACUCGCUGCAGCACAGAUUCCCUGGACAUGUGCAUCAGUGGAAUUUGUCAGGUCGUGGGCUGUGACCGGCACCUGGGGAGCAGCGCCCGGGAGGACAACUGUGGCGUUUGUGCUGGUGAUAGCUCCACCUGCAGGCUCGUGCGUGGACAAUCGAAGUCGCACGUUUCUCCGGAGAAAAGGGAAGAAAAUGUAAUUGCUGUCCCUCUGGGAAGUCGGAGUGUAAGAAUUACAGUGAAAGGACCAGCGCAUCUUUUUAUUGAAUCAAAAACACUUCAAGGAAGCAAAAGAGAACACAGCUUUAACAGCCCGGGAGUUUUCGUCAUAGAAAACACCACAGUUGAAUUUCAGAGGGGCUCAGAGAGGCAGACCUUUAAGAUUCCAGGACCUCUGAUGGCUGAUUUCAUCUUCAAGACCAGGUACACAGUGGCCAAGGACAGUGUGGUCCAGUUCUUCUUCUACCAGCCCAUCAGUCAUCAGUGGAGACAAACCGACUUCUUUCCCUGCACUGUAACAUGUGGAGGAGGUUAUCAGCUCAACUCAGCUGAAUGUGUGGAUAUCCGCUUGAAGAGGGUGGUUCCUGACCAUUACUGCCAUUACUACCCCGAAAACGUGAAACCAAAACCCAAACUGAAGGAAUGCAGCAUGGACCCUUGCCCAUCGAGUGACGGAUUUAAAGAGAUCAUGCCCUACGACCACUUCCAGCCUCUCCCUCGCUGGGAACAUAAUCCUUGGACUGCGUGCUCGGUGUCUUGCGGAGGUGGGAUUCAGAGACGGAGCUUCGUGUGUGUGGAGGAGUCCAUGCACGGGGAGAUUCUGCAGGUGGAGGAGUGGAAGUGCAUGUAUGCACCCAAACCCAAAGUCAUGCAGACCUGCAACCUGUUCGACUGCCCCAAGUGGAUCGCCAUGGAGUGGUCUCAGUGCACGGUGACUUGCGGCCGAGGGUUACGUUACCGUGUCGUUCUGUGUAUCAACCACCGUGGACAGCACGUUGGGGGCUGCAACCCGCAGCUGAAGUUACACAUCAAAGAAGAAUGUGUCAUUCCCAUCCCAUGUUAUAAACCAAAAGAAAAAAGUCCAGUGGAAGCUAAGUUACCUUGGCUGAAACAAGCACAAGAACUAGAAGAGACCAGAAUAGCAACAGAAGAACCAACGUUCAUUCCGGAGCCCUGGUCAGCCUGCAGCACCACGUGCGGGCCGGGCGUCCAGGUCCGAGAGGUGAAGUGUCGCGUGCUCCUCACGUUCACGCAGACGGAGACCGAGCUGCCUGAGGAAGAGUGUGAAGGCCCCGAGCUGCCCACCGAGCGGCCUUGCCUCCUCAAGCCAUGCGGCGAGGGCCCUGCCUCCCGAGAACUGGACGUCUCUCUCCAGGAGGACAGCAGGAUGACUUACCACUGGGAGUACGCUGGGUUCACCCCUUGCACGGCCACAUGCUUGGGAGGCCAUCAAGAAGCCAUAGCAGUGUGCUUGCACACCCAGACCCAGCAGACAGUCAGUGAUACCUUGUGUGAUAUGGUCCACCGUCCUCCGGCAAUGAGCCAGGCUUGCAACACGGAGCCCUGCCCACCCAGGUGGCACAAGGGCUCUUGGGGCCCCUGCUCAGCUACCUGUGGUGUGGGAAUCCAGACCCGAGAGGUGUACUGCCUGCACCCGGGGGAGUCCCCGGCCCCCGCUGAGGAAUGUGGAGACGAGAAGCCACAUGCCCUACAAGCGUGCAAUCAGUUUGACUGCCCUCCUAGCUGGCACAUUGAAGAAUGGCAGCAGUGUUCCAGGACGUGUGGAGGGGGAACUCACAAUCGAAGAGUCACCUGUCGGCAGCUGUUAACGGAUGGCAGCUUUUUGAAUCUCUCUGAUGAAUUGUGCCAAGGACCCAAGGCAUCUUCCCAUAAGUCCUGUGCCAGGACAGACUGCCCUCCGCAUAUCACUGUGGGAGACUGGUCAAAGUGUUCCGUCAGUUGUGGUGUUGGAACCCAGCGAAGAAAGCAGGUGUGUCAGAGGCUGACGGCCAAAGGCCGGCGCGUUCCCCUCAGUGAGAUGAUGUGCCGAGACCUCCCGGGGCCCCCUCUUGUAAGAUCUUGCCAGAUGCCUGCGUGCGAUAAAAUCAAACCAGAGCCGAAGACAAAACCUGGGGAGCAGGGGCCCCAGAUCCUUGGUGUCCAGAGGGUCUACAUUCAGACAAGGGAAGAGAAGCGCAUUAACCUAACCGUGGGUAGCAGAGCCUAUUUGCUGCCCAACACAUCGGUGAUUAUCAAAUGCCCAGUACGACGAUUCCAGAAAUCCCUGAUUCAGUGGGAGAAGGAUGGCCAUUGUCUGCAGAACUCCAAACGGCUUGGCAUCACCAAGUCGGGCUCCCUAAAAAUCCACAGCCUUGCGGCCCCGGAUAUCGGCACGUACCGCUGUGUGGCCGGCUCCGCGCAGGAAACCGCGGUUCUCAAGCUCAUCGGCACGGACAACCGGCUCAUUGCGCCCCCGGUGCUCGGGGAGCACGUGCGGGAGUACCCGGGGAUGGACCCCAAGGAAGCCAAUAGCUUGGGAGCCACGUGGCAGAAAAUGAGGCAGCUAUGGGGUAACAAAAAUGAGCUUUAUCCGGAGGACGGCCAAAUUGCUAAGCAGCCUUUCUUGAGGGCUCUGUUGGGCCCGUGCGGGAAUUCUGCAGGCCACACCAACUCCUGGGAGUUUAAGAACAAGCAGUUUGAAGCAGCAGUUAAACACGGAGCAUAUAGCAUGGAUAUGGCCCAGUUCGAUGAGCUGAUCAGAAACAUGAGUCAGCUCAUGGAAACCGGAGAAGUCAGUGAUGACCUCGCGUCCCAGGUGAUCUAUCAGCUGGUGGCCGAGUUAGCCAAGGUGCAGCCAGCCCGCGCACCAUGGAGGGGCAUCCAGGAAGGGGUGCCUCCCACCGCACAGCUGAGUGGGGGAGCAAGAAGGAUGCCUCAAAGCUCGGAUGUGGAGAAUUCAGGCAAGCUGAACUUCAAGCCGAAGGGACCUGUUCUCAUGAGGCAAAGCCAGCCCACCUCGAUUUCAUUUAAUAAAACAAUAAAUUCAAGGAUUGGAAAUACAGUGUACAUUACAAAAAGGACAGAGGUCAUCAAUAUACUGUGUGAGCUCGUUACCCCCAGUCAGGCCACGUAUACAUGGACCAAGGAUGGGGCCUUGUUGCAACCCUCAGAAAAGAUAAUCUUGGCUGGAAUGGGAAAAAUGCAGAUACGGAACCCUACAAAGAAGGAACAAGGAACGUAUGGAUGCUCUGUAACUAACCAUCUCGGUUCAGACAUGGAGAGUUCUCCUGUGCUCUACGCAGAGGCGCCUGCCAUCUUGUCUAUCGAAAGAAAUAUCAGCAGACUGGAACACAGCGAUCUGUCAGUCGUGGUUGGAGGCGUCGUGGAGGCAGCCUUGCAAGCCGAUGUGACAAUCCGAUGUCCUGUAAAAGGUGUCCCUCAGCCUAAUAUAACUUGGUUGAAGAGAGGAGGAUCUCUGAGUGACAAUGUUUCCUUGCUUUUCAAUGGAUCCCUGUUGUUGCAGAAUGUUUCCCUUGAACAUGAAGGAACCUAUGUCUGCACAGCUACCAAUGCUCUUGGAAAGGCAGUAGCAAUGUCUGUACUGCACCUGCUGGAACAAAGACGUUUGGACAGUAAAAGCAUAUUUCCCAAGGACUAUAAAAAGCAUAUGCUCCAGGCAUCCAACGCCGGAACCAACAGUAAUGACCCAACAGGAGAACCCCGACCUCCAGAGCCUUUUUGGGAGCUCGGUAACUGGACACAUUGUUCUGCCACCUGCGGCCACUUGGGAGCCCGAGUCCAGAGACCCCACUGUGUGAUGGCCAACGGGCAGGAAGUGAGUGAGGCCUUUUGCCAACACCUCCCGAAGCCGCUGGCUGGGUUUCAGCCCUGUAACAUCCGGGACUGCCCCUCAAGGUGGUCCACGAGCGCGUGGUCCGAGUGCUCUGUGUCUUGCGGCGAAGGGUUCCACAGUCGGCAAGUGACCUGCAGACGCGCCACAGCCGGUGGCACUAGGCAGGUGAUGUCUCCGAGGGCGUGUGCUCCCCGAGAGCGGCCUCCGGGAAGAAGGCCAUGUUCCGGUCAUCCUUGUGGCCAGGGGGUCGUUGAGCCAGGGGGCCAGUGUCCAGCACGUUGCCUGGGUCGCACUGGGAGGAUGCAGCGGCAGCAUGCAGUUUGUCAACAUCACAACAGCUCUGACCCCCGCUGUGAUGACAGAAGGAGACCCACCUUGAGGAGGAACUGCUCAUCGGGGGCUUGUGACUCGUGUUGGAGCGCAGGCCCCUGGAGGCCCUGCACGGCAGCCUGCGGCCGGGGCUUCCAGUCUCGGAAAGUCGACUGUGUCCGCACGAGGAGCUGCAGACCUGUGGCGGAGAGACACUGUGUGCAGAAAAAGAAACCAGCUUCCUGGCGGCACUGCCUUGGGCCUCUCUGUGAUAGAGACUGCUCGGACACAGCUCACUACUGUAUGUUUGUAAAGCAUCUCAGUUUGUGUUCGCUAGAUCUCUACAAACAGAGGUGCUGCCAGUCUUGUCAAGAAGGGUAAACCUGUGGCCGGGGGUCGUAAUGCUGCUGUGAAGACAGAACCAAAGCGUCAAAGCUCUUUUCCCCCACGUAGCUGGUUCAGGAACGUGUGAUUUCUUUCAGAACUCUAGAUUCCG